CAGCGACAGCCGCCGGAGACGGAGACCGACACCCGCCCGGCAGCAUGCGCCGGGGCUAGCGGCUCCCGGCUCCCACCCACCGACCGCGCGCCCGCCUCUCGGUUCCUCGGCCCCGCGGGCACACUCCCGCGCCCACCAAGAUCGCACAGCGCGUCCCAGCCGCUCCCCUCCCUCUUCACCCCGAGAAGUCCCGGGGCCCCCGGGCCGCCUCGAAAUGUUCCCCGGAAAGUGCUUCCUCGCCUGCCUCCAGCUCCUGUGUGUGUGCCGCCUGGAUUGGGCUUACGGAUACUACAGGCAACAGAGAAAACUUGUUGAAGAGAUCGGCUGGUCCUAUACAGGAGCACUGAAUCAAAAGAAUUGGGGAAAGAAAUACCCGCUGUGUAACAGCCCCAAACAAUCGCCCAUCAAUAUCGAUGAAGAUCUGACACAAGUCAAUGUGAAUCUUAAGAAACUUAAAUUCCAGGGUUGGGAUAAGCCAUCUUUGGAAAACACAUUCAUUCAUAACACUGGGAAAACAGUGGAAAUUAACCUCACGAAUGACUACCGUCUCAGUGGAGGAGUUUCUGAGACGAUGUUCAAAGCCAGUAAGGUAACUUUCCACUGGGGAAAAUGCAAUAUGUCAUCUGACGGAUCAGAACACAGUUUGGAAGGACAAAAAUUUCCCCUGGAGAUGCAAAUCUACUGCUUUGAUGUGGACCGGUUUUCAAGUUUUGAGGAAGCAGUUAAAGGAAGAGGGAAAUUAAGAGCCUUAUCCAUUUUAUUUGAGGUUGGACUAGAAGAAAACUUGGAGUACAGAGCAAUCAUUGAUGGAGUGGAGCGGGUUAGUCGUUUUGGGAAACAGGCUGCAUUAGAUCCACUCAUCCUGCUGAACCUCUUGCCAAACUCCACCGACAAGUAUUACACUUACAAUGGCUCGCUGACAUCUCCUCCCUGCACGGACACUGUUGACUGGAUUAUUUUUAAAGAUACAGUCAGCAUCUCUGAAAGCCAGUUGGCAGUUUUCUGUGAAGUUCUUACAAUGCAGCAGUCAGGGUACGUCAUGCUGAUGGACUACUUACAGAACAAUUUCCGAGAACAACAGUACAAAUUCUCCAGGCAGGUGUUUUCCUCCUAUACUGGGAAGGAAGAGAUUCAUGAAGCAGUUUGCAGUUCAGAACCCGAGAAUGUUCAGGCGGACCCCGAGAAUUACACCAGCCUUCUUGUGACCUGGGAGAGACCUCGAGUCGUCUACGAUACCAUGAUUGAGAAGUUUGCCGUCCUGUACCAGCAGCUGGAGGGAGAGGACCAAACCAAGCAUGAAUUUUUGACUGAUGGCUAUCAAGACCUGGGUGCUAUUCUUAAUAAUUUACUGCCCAAUAUGAGUUAUGUUCUACAAAUAGUAGCCAUUUGUAGUAACGGCUUAUUCGGAAAAUACAGUGACCAACUGAUUGUCGAUAUGCCUUCGGAAGACCUUGAACUUGAUCCCUUUCCUGAGUUAAUUGGAACUGAAGAAAUAAUCAAGGAGAGAAAAGAGAUUGAAGAAGAUGCAAUUAUGAAUCCUGGUAGAGACAGUGCCACAAACCAAAUAAGGACAAAGGAUCCUCAGCUUCCUACCACAACAAACUACAGUCGCAUAGGGACUAAAUACCAUGAGGCUGACAUGAACCGAUCCCCGACAAGAGGAAGUGAACAUGCUGGAAAGGGUGACGUUCCCAACACAUCGUUAAGUUCUACUUCCCAGGCAGUAACUGAAUUUUUUCCAGAAAAAGAUGCUUCCUUGACUCCUCAGACUGUGCCUCUAAGGCCAUUUCCACAGGUGAACUUGACUGUGGAAUCUUUGAACACGGAAUCACCGGAGGUAUCUACUGAUAUCACUGAAGAAGAGAGUCUAUCUCCCAGUUUCAAGCUUGAGAUGGGACCUGAUGAUUCCUCUGGCGCCAGUCCAACCACGUCUGCCAUGCCAUUCAGCUCUGAGAACCUGUUUCAUGGGUACAUAUUUUCUUCAGAAAAUCCAGAGGCAAUCACAAAUGAUGUCCUUAUUCCAGAAACUAUGAGAAAUGCGUCAGAAGAUUCCGCCUCAUCUGGUUUGGGAGAAUCGUCAAAAGACCCUUCCAUCGAUGAAAACACGUGGUUCCCUAGCACUACCGAUACUCCCACAGAGCCUGAUGUCGGCUCCGGUAGAGAGCAGGUUCUCCAGGUGAAUUACACUGGCAUGCACCUUGAUGAAUCUGGAAAGACAACUCAGUCCUUUACUCUGGACCCACUGGGGUCACAGGCUCCCUCCAUCCCAGGUAUGGAAAUGCCACCUCAUUCUACCUUGCCCUACUUCCCGACUGAAGUCACACCUCAUGCUUUUACCCCUUCCUCUGGACAACACGAUUCGAUCCCCACUGUCAACGUGGUUCUCCCGCAGACAACUCAGCCAGUCUAUAAUGGUGAGACACCUCUUCAGCCUUCCUCCAGUAGUGACGUCUUCCCUCUAGUCACCCCUCUGUUGCUUGACGAUCAGAUCCUCAACACUACCCUUGCUGCUUCGAGUAGUGAUUCGGCCUUGCAUGCUACGCCUGCAUUUCCCAGUGUUGGUGUGCCGUUUGACUCCAUCCUGUCCUCCUAUGAUGGUGUGCCUUUGCUUCCGUUUUCCUCUGCUUCCUUCAGUAGUGAGUGGUCCCACCAUCUGUACACAGCUUCUCCAGUCCUGCCGCAAGGUACUUCCGCUCUUGAGCGUGAUAAAGUGUCCCCGCAUGCAUCUGUGCCGGUGGCGGGGGUAGAUUUGUCAUUAGAACCCAGCCUUGCUCAAUAUCCUAAUGUGGUGGCCCAUCAAACCACCGCUCAUGCUGCUUCAGACACGUUGGAAGUUGGUAGUGAAGCUGGUGUCCUCUAUAACAUGCUCGUGCUUUCUCAAGUGGAACCAGACAGCGCUGAGGUCCUGGUGCAUGCACGUUCUCCAGGGCCUGAACUGUCCCCUCCUGCCUUACCCGGUGACGGGGGCUCCCAGCACGUCUCCACCGUUGCUCACAGUUCUGCAACACCUGGGCAUGAUUCCAUUGCUGUAUCUCAUCCGAGUUCCUUAGUUCACAGCCCUGGCUAUGGGCUGGUGUCUGAGUCUUCCUUAAUAGCCCCAACUACGGUGCGGCUGCAGCCUACACAUGCCCUCUCUGAUGAUGCCGAGUGGUCCGGAGCCUUCUCGGGUAGUGAAUUUCUGGUGCCUGAAUCAGAGGGUCUGACCAUCCUUAACAUGUCAUCGCCCGAUCCUGUAGCCGACUUGACAAACGUAACAUCUGUGUUUGGAGAGGAUCAGAAACUGCUUCCGAAAAGUGGCCUAGCCUAUGGGAAUGACACUCAACUGCCAACCUCUUCUUUCAGUGAGAGAGCGGACCAAUCUGAAAGCACAGUCGGGCCUGACCCAGAUGGCCAUGUAGACAGCUGGAAUGAGUCUUUAGAAGAACCCCCCACUCUCAGUUCUAGCACCAGGGGCAUGCUGCCGGAGGCUCUAGCCUUUACCACCACUAAGAGUGUUGAGCAUAAGCUUAGUCAAGUUCCCGAACAUAACUUUGCCAUGCAACCCACACCCGCUGUGCCUCAAGCCAUUGGGGACACUUUGCUUAAACUUGUGCUUAGUGUCCCCUCCGAGCCAGCGCCCUCUGACCCUCCUUCUAGUGAAAUAUUGUCUCCUUCCACUCAGCUCGCACUUUAUGACUCCUCAGCUGCUUUGCCUACUGAAAGGCUGCAGCAAGCCCCCUUUCCGGCUUCUGAUGUCGACAGCUUGCUUAAAACCGCUCUUCCAGCUGGGCCGAGUGAUUCCAUAGAGUCUGGAAGCCCACAGGUUGAAAGCGUUCAUGCUACGAUGCCGCAUCCCCUGGCAUCAGAUUCUGCUGUGAGUAAAACCAUGCUGCUCCCUCCAUCUGAGCCAGGUAUAGAGGAUGUCUCACCAACUUCUGGGGUGCAGGCGGCUUCGCUUGAAGGAGUAGCCAUUUCUUAUGCCAGUAAGAACUAUGUUAAACCAAGUUUGCUUCCCAGCGAAAGCCCCCAGCAAGUGGUACCUCCACCGGACGAGAACGAGGUGUUGUUGCAGACUGCCCGUGUCCAGACUGGCCAUGCCUUCCCUGGACAAGCAAGGCAUGCCUUGGCUACUCCCCUUUUACCAUCGUCCAGUGUUUUACCGCAAACACGUACAAAUACACUCCUAGACUCUGAUGGAGUUCUCACCCCCACCAAAAGCUCUCCUCCCAAUGAGGUAUUCGCUGGUGCUCCACCCGAUAUUUCGGGCACCCCCGAAGCUGCCAAGCAUUCUGUUUCUUUAGGAGAGGUGCAUGUUUCCACUUCUCCUAACCGAGAUGGGUACUUGAUCACAGCCAAAGGGCCGCUUCCUUCUAAAGCAGCUUCUUCAGAACCGACUCCCGGUGCCACUUCCGAUGCUGAGUUAGUAAGUGAGGGUGAUGAUGGUGAUGUGGAUGAUGAUGAUGAUGAUGACGACGACGACAGAGAUAGUGAUGAUGUAACCGUAAAUAAGUGUAUGUCAUGCUCAUCCUAUCGAACCUCUCGUGAAAAGGUCAUUAAUGAUUCAGACGCCCAGGCCAAUGGUCUUGGGGAUCAGGUGAACCCAGUCUCACAUUCACUAUCUGGGAUUUCUGAAGAAGAGAAUCAAGUCCCAGGCGUAGCCUCAGACAGUCAGACAGAUAUGGACCACAGUCCUGACAAAGCACCGCCAACCCGUGGGCUGCCACCAAAGCACAGUGAUGAUGCCCAAGAGGGAGAGGGCAUUCAGACUGGUAGCGCCCCUCGCCCUUUCAGUCCAGAAUCCAAGUCGUGGGCAGUGCUUACAAGUGAUGAAGAGAGCGGAUCAGGGCAAAGUACCUCAGGUAGCCUGAACGACAACGAGACUUCCACAGAUUUCAGUGUUCCAGAGGGCAAUGAACAAGGUACUGAUGGGGUCCUGGAAGCAGGUGACUCAGAGAUGGCUCCCGGAUCCCCGCAGGCCUCAACCCCCCCACUUGGUAGUGGACACACAGAUGUGUUCAACGUGUCAGAAGCAGAGGCCAGUAAUAGUAGCCAUGAGUCUCGUAUUGGUCUAGCUGAGGGUUUGGAAGCCAAGAAGAAGACAGUUAUACCCCUUGUGGUCGUGUCAGCCCUGACUUUUAUCUGUCUAGUGGUUCUUGUGGGGAUUCUCAUCUACUGGAGGAAAUGCUUCCAGACAGCACACUUUUAUUUAGAGGACAGUACGUCUCCUCGAGUCAUAUCCACACCUCCGACACCUAUCUUUCCAAUUUCAGAUGACAUUGGAGCAAUUCCAAUAAAGCACUUUCCAAAGCAAGUUGCUGAUUUACAUGCAAGUAAUGGGUUUACUGAAGAAUUUGAGACACUGAAAGAGUUUUACCAGGAAGUUCAGAGCUGUACUGUGGACUUAGGUAUCACAGCAGACAGCUCCAACCACCCAGACAAUAAGCACAAGAACCGAUACGUUAACAUCGUCGCCUAUGAUCAUAGCAGGGUUAAGCUUGCACAACUUGCUGAAAAAGAUGGCAAGCUGACCGAUUAUAUCAAUGCCAAUUACGUUGAUGGCUACAACAAGCAGAAAGCAUACAUCGCUGCCCAGGGCCCACUGAAAUCCACAGCGGAAGAUUUCUGGAGGAUGAUAUGGGAGCACAACGUGGAAGUGAUCGUCAUGAUAACGAACCUCGUGGAGAAAGGAAGGAGAAAAUGUGACCAGUACUGGCCUGCUGAUGGCAGUGAGGAGUUCGGCAACUUUCUGGUCACUCAGAAGAGUGUGCAAAUGCUUGCCUACUAUACUGUGAGGAGCUUCACUCUAAGGAACACAAAGAUAAAGAAGGGCUCCCAGAAAGGUAGGCCGAGCGGGCGAGUGAUCACACAGUACCACUACACGCAGUGGCCUGACAUGGGGGUGCCAGAGUACGCCCUACCAGUGCUGACUUUUGUGCGGAAGGUGUCCUAUGCCAAGCGCCACGCCGUCGGGCCCGUCGUUGUUCACUGCAGCGCUGGAGUUGGAAGAACAGGCACGUAUAUUGUGCUAGACAGUAUGUUGCAGCAGAUUCAUCAGGAAGGAACUGUCAACAUAUUUGGCUUCUUAAAACACAUUCGCACACAAAGAAAUUACUUGGUGCAAACUGAGGAGCAGUACGUCUUCACUCAUGAUGCACUAGUGGAAGCCAUACUCAGUAAAGAAACGGAGGUACCCGACAGCCAUAUCCAUGCCUACGUCAACGCUCUCCUCAUUCCUGGACCAACAGGCAAAACUAAGUUAGAAAAGCAAUUCAAGCUCCUGAGCCAAUCGAACAUCCAGCAGAGUGACUAUUCAACAGCCCUGAAGCAAUGCAACAGGGAGAAGAACAGAACUUCCGCCAUCAUCCCCGUGGAAAAAUCAAGGGUCGGCAUCUCCUCCCUGAGCGGAGAAGGCACAGACUACAUCAAUGCCUCCUAUAUCAUGGGUUAUUAUCAGAGUAACGAGUUCAUCAUCACCCAGCAUCCUCUGCUGCACACCAUCAACGAUUUCUGGAGGAUGAUAUGGGACCAUAACGCCCAGCUCGUGGUCAUGCUUCCUGAUGGUCAGAACAUGGCAGAAGAUGAAUUUGUUUAUUGGCCAAAUAAAGAUGAGCCUAUAAAUUGUGAGAGCUUUAAGGUCACUCUUAUGUCUGAAGAACAUAAAUGUCUCUCUAAUGAGGAAAAACUUAUCAUUCAAGAUUUUAUCUUGGAAGCUACACAGGAUGAUUACGUACUUGAAGUGAGGCAUUUUCAGUGUCCCAAAUGGCCCAAUCCGGACAGCCCCAUUAGUAAAACGUUUGAACUCCUAAGUGUCAUCAAGGAAGAAGCCGCCAACAGGGAUGGGCCCACCAUCGUCCAUGAUGAGCACGGAGGAGUGACAGCAGGGACUUUCUGUGCCCUGACGACCCUUAUGCACCAACUAGAACAAGAAAAUUCCACGGAUGUUUACCAAGUAGCCAAGAUGAUCAACUUAAUGAGGCCGGGAGUCUUCGCUGACCUUGAGCAGUACCAGUUUCUCUACAAAGCAGUCCUCAGCCUGGUGAGCACAAGGCAGGAAGAGAACCCCUCGGCCUCCCUGGACAGUAACGGCACCGCGCUACCUGAUGGGAAUAUUGCGGAGAGCUUGGAAUCUUUAGUCUAACCCAGAAACGGGGUCGAAGGAGGCCACAUCAGAACGCUGUGUUUUUCCUCUUUUUAAAUGAGAUGGGAGAAUCGGUUCAGUUCUUCUGUUACCUGUUUUAUUUCCUGUCACCCGACAGUAACUUUCAUGGCAUCAGAGAUGAGCUGCCAAAUUUACAUCAUUAACAAUGUGUGCCUUUUUUUUUUUUUUUGAAAGACUUCUCAUAAUUCACUUACUAUGUUUGAACUAAAAUGAUUGAAUUUUGGAGUAUUUAUAAGACUGGAAUUGUGGUCAUUUUGUUUUUCUGUAUUGAUUCUAACAGAAAAAAUUCAGUUCAUAGAGAGUAGGACUUCCCAAUGAUGGGAAACAUGUUUUCGUGUCAAAUUUUUAUCUGUAUUUGUAGCAACCAUCAAGUUUUCUAGAAAUAACAAACUUUUAAUAUAGUAGCCCCUCCAACACUCUGUUCUCUAUGAUAUUCGGCAUUUUACAGCUACAGCAUUUACUGAAAAGUAGAAAUAAUCUGAUACUGACUGUAAAUAAUUCUCUAGUGUCUCCACGGACAAAAUUUAUAUUUAUAAUUGUAGAUUUCUAUAUUUUACUACCGAGUCAGUUUUCUAGUUCUGUGUGACUGUUUUGUUUUAAUGAAGUAGUAUAGGGUCAGGCCUUACUCUACAAAUCUUCUGGAUAUUGUAUCGUGUUAUCUAAGUCAUUAACUCUAAGCAUGUAAUUUUAACUUUUGUGGAAAACAAAUACCUUGGUUUUGAAAGAUGUUUUUAUGAGAAUAACACCUCACCCAACAUCGUCUAAGUGCUUUUUAUCCCAAGGCAUCGCAAAAAUAAAUAUAAAUAUUGCCAAUCA